AAACCCAAAACAAAAAAAGGAAACCUCCCUUUCUCCUACCCGCUCCCUCGCAUCCCCCACCCUCUGCGGGGCGGGAGCAUCCCGGCUGCUCUCCCGCAUCCCCCGUGCCGGGGGCGGGCGCGGGGCGCGCACGUCUGGGCGGUGUCGCCGCGGCUCCCCGGCCGUGUGUGGCUGUCCCCAGGCGCUGUCCCCGAGCCCGUGGCGUGCAUGGCCCUGCGCGGGCGGCGAUGGCUGAGCGCUGAUGGCCCAGCCCGCCGCGCUCGCCAUGGCUGCCAGAGAGGAGCUGUACAGCAAAGUCAUCCCCCGGCGGAACCGCCAGCACCGCGCCGGGACCGUCAAACAUGGCUCGUCACUGGAGAUCCUGCUCUCCAUGGGCUUCCCCAAAGCACGGGCACAAAAAGCGCUGGCAUCGACAGGUGGAAGGAGUGUUCAAGCAGCUUGCGACUGGCUCUUCUCCCACGUGGGUGACCCGUUCCUGGAUGACACCCUGCCCAGGGAGUACGUCCUGUACCUGCGUCCCACCGGGCCCCUGGCACAGAAGCUCUCGGAUUUCUGGCAGCAGUCGAAGCAGAUCUGUGGCAAGAACAAAGCUCACAACAUCUUCCCACACAUCACCCUUUGCCAGUUCUUCAUGUGUGAGGACAGCAAGGUGGAUUCUCUCACGGAAGCCCUGCAGGCCACGGUGAUGCGCUGGAAAUGCAAAUUCCCUGCCCCAUUGCCCCUGGAGCUCUACACAUCCUCCAACUUCAUCGGGCUCUUCGUCAAGGAGGAAAGUGCUGAGGUGCUCAAGAAGUUCGCUGCAGACUUUGCUGCAGAGGCAGCUUCCAAAGCAGAUGUCCACGUGGAGCCCCACAAGAAGCAGCUCCACGUGACCCUGGCCUAUCACUUCCAGAGCAGCCACCUGCCCACGCUGGAGAAGCUGGCCCAGAGCAUCGAUGUCAAGCUGGGCUGUGACUGGGUGGCCGCGAUCUUCUCCCGGGACAUUCGCUUCGUCAACCACGAGACUCUGCAAGUGAUCUACCCCUACACCCCCCAGAAUGACGACGAGCUGGAGCUGGUCCCGGGGGAUUUCAUUUUCAUGUCCCCAGUGGAGCAAACCAGCACGAGUGAGGGCUGGAUUUAUGGCAUUUCCCUUGCCACUGGCUGCUCGGGACUGCUGCCUGAAAACUACAUCACCAAGGCAGAUGAAUGUGGCACCUGGGUGUUCCAUGGGUCCUACUCCAUUCUGAACACCACACCUUCCCCAUCCUUUCAAGCCUUCGCUGAUGGAGCUCUGGAGAGAAGGCAGCAGGAGGAGCAAGGGCCAGGGGAUGCUGGGCCACUCACCAUCAUCUGCCAGAACGUGCAGCCCCUGAGGACAAGCAGCCAGCCAGGACCACAGAAGCGCUGCCUGUUCGUCUGCAGGCACGGAGAGAGGAUGGAUGUGGUUUUUGGGAAGUACUGGCUGUCCCAGUGCUUCGAUGCCAAAGGCAGGUACAUGCGCAGUAACCUGAAUAUGCCUCACAAUUUACCUCAGAGGAGUGGUGGAUUCAGGGAUUAUGAAAAGGAUGCUCCCAUCACCGUGCUGGGCUGCACCCAGGCCAGGCUCGUGGGUGAAGCCUUGCUAGAAACAAACACCAUUGUAGACUACAUCUACAGCUCCCCAUCCCUGCGGUGUGUCCAGACAGCUCACAACAUCCUGAAAGGUAUGCAGCAGGAGAACAACCUGAAAAUCCGGAUAGAGCCAGGCUUGUUUGAGUGGACCAAGUGGGUGUCUGGGAGCACCCUGCCAGCCUGGAUUCCCCCUGUGGAUUUAGCUGCAGCUACUCUAAGCGUUGAUACAACCUACAGACCUCAUAUUCCUGUCAGCAAGUUAGUGGUUUCUGAGUCCUAUGAUACCUACAUAAGCAGAAGCUACCAAGUCACAAAGGAAAUCAUCAGCGAAUGUAAAGGCAAAGGAAAUAACAUCCUGAUAGUGGCUCAUGCAUCCUCCCUGGAGGCCUGCACGUGCCAGCUCCAGGGGCUGUCACCUCAGAACUCCAAGGAUUUUGUACAGAUGGUCCGAAAGAUUCCCUACCUGGGGUUUUGCUCCUGUGAAGAACUGGGGGACACUGGUGUUUGGCAGCUCACAGACCCUCCCAUCCUCCCUCUCACACAUGGACCAACUGGAGGCUUUAACUGGAGAGAAACCCUCCUGCAGGAAUAGGGAAGAGCCCAGCAAGGACAAGCCAUGGCCUUUCCCAGCGUUGGACAAUGUCUGUUCUUCCUUGUGUUUUAUUGAGAGCAGGAAAAACCCUCAUCAUCUGUCCAGUGGGUCACUCAAAGCAUAUCUCACACAGCCACAGCCGUGCAAAAAAUCUCAUUUACAGCAAAAGGGGCUGAUCUGAAAGGGGGGAAAAAACAGAAAAAUACAGCUUGAGGCUCUUGCACAGCACGGGGUCAGCUCGGGGUGGGUUUCCCCACCUUGGAGGGAGCUCUGGUGACACCUUCACUGCCACCUGCAGCACGCUAGGAACAAGGAGCCCUGUGUCAGGCAGGAUGCUGGGGUUGUUUUCUCACUGCUAUUUUUUUGCCAAGUGUCUGCAGGCUUGUUCAGCACCUCGUGCUUGCUCCACUCCCGGCCCCCAAAACCCUCGGCACCUUCCAUGAAAUUCCAAGUGUGUCCCCCAGGCUGGAAUUGAGUCCAGCAUUCCCUCUGCAGGCUGCACAAGGUUAUUCCUCUCCUCUGCCUGAGAGACAGAGAUGGGAGUGCUCAAAAUGUGCUGGAUAUUGUGCAGAGACACGUUGAUGUUCAGGAAAAUUCUGAAUUUCCCAUCAGUUGCAGUUGAAGUUGGAGCAUCAAAAGGCAGUGCAACAAAAGGUGGGAGGAAUUUCUUUGAAGUGGAGAUAAUGAAGCCUUUUCCAACCAAACCUGAGGGAUUUAGGAGAUCAGACUUGGGUUUUUAGUCCUUUACUUUGGUUAUUGAAAUCCACCUGUGCGCCCAGACACAGCCUGAAAGGUUUGUGCUGUUUAAAUUCCCUUCAGAAGGUUUGGAAAAGGGGUUUUCCCUUUUAUACUGGGGUUUUUGUGCUGCCCAUUCACCCAGCAGUGCCUUUGUGUCCCUUUGGCAGUGCUGGUGAGAUUGUGCAGCCAGCAGGCUGCUCCAGGAAUGAUGGCAUGAAAAAGCUGCUGGAAUUCACCUGGAAUUCUGAGUGCUUUGCUUCUUUACCCUUCAUUCCCAAAUACCAUCUAUCAUAAAGACAAAGCAGAAAAAAAAAAAAAAAGCAAACAAAAAAAACCACCCAAACCCCAGCACACUUCAAUUCAGGAACAUUUGAUGCUUUUUAUCCAGGGAGGGAAGGGUUAGGAUCUGGGGGAAAGUGGAAGAGGAGGGUUUCCAUCUUUAACCAAGAUUUUUGGGAUCACAAGGGGGAUCCUCUUGAUGCCAGGAUGCUAAAAGCAGCUGCACCCCAAAAUACCACCCCAGUGGGUAUUUAUAGCAUAAAGUGGCAUCAGAGCAGGGUUUUUAGGAUCAGAAUUACCCAAAAUUAUCAGCCUUGGGUGAAAAAGUUGCUGCAGGAACUUCAGCAGUACAGGCUUGCUGUCAGCAGGUAUUAAAAUUGGGUUUAAAUGGGAUGAAAGAGAUUUAGGCACACAAGUCUUGGUUUGGGACACAAGGUUGAGUAUUCCCAGAAACAGAAUCAUCCCAGAAUGGUUUGGGUUGGAAAAGACCCUAAAGCUCCUCCAGUUCCAGGAGCAGGGACAGAGCAGCUUGGCCCUGGGCACUUCCAGGGAUGGGGCAGCCACAGCUGCCCUGUAAAAACAAAAUCCACAAAAUGCAAAAGCAGAAAGCAGCAGCCAAGGCACAAGCAGCAGCUGGGGCAUGGCAGGAGAGAUUUCUGUGCCACCCUUGCCCAGCUCUGCCUCUGCUCAAAGUGCUGGGUGCCCCCCUUGGAAAUGGGAGAGAGGCACAGACCUCAACACUGGCCAGAUCUGAUGCUUCUUAAUCAUAGAAAAAAUCAAAUUUUGGGUGCUGUUCUGGCGGAUUUUCCCCUUGGGCAGGGCUGGUGUCACCUCCCCCCCCCUCCCCUAAGCUGCCACAACAACCAAGGAGUGACAAACUGCAAUUCCCUCUUCCCAAAUGAGGUGAAACAAUUGGGGUGGAGCAAACCCCAAGGGCUGAGCUCGGUUUUGAGCUCUCCGAGGAGAGCACAGCUCAUCCUGUCCAUAUUCAGUCAGCAGAGUACCCCAGAUAUCCCCCCAACCCAUAGGAAUAUUUCCUUCUUUCUACCUUUAGGACUGUGUAACACACCUUAGGCCACUCAUAAGUGCUUUAUUAUAGCAGGGAUGGAACUGAAAAGUCAGGGAGAAAAUUUAGGACAGGGCAGGGGAAAAAAAAAAACAAAACAACCUGCCCCCGUGUGGUUUUGUUGCUGUCAGUUAAAUUAAUUUUUAAUUGUCAUUUAAUCUAUUUUUGGCUGUGUGCAGGCAUUCUGAAGAGCAUUUCUGACUUGUUUUCCUCCAUGCAAAAAAAAAAAAAAAAAUUCAAAAUUAAAUAUCUGACAAUCACACACACACAAAAAAUAAAAAUUCGGUUGCUGAGGAGUGUGCAUUCUCCAGAUUUUUUUUCGUUUCAUGCCAGCAAGGUGUAAAUUGGGGCAAGAAAUAUUGUUAUAUUCUAAUAUUUAUUGCCUGUAGGAAGAGUGGUGGCCGCUCAGAUCCUGCUGGGGAAUUAAAAGGAGUUUCCUUAGAAGCACGAAACAGAGAGGGAGCAAAAGCUGAAUGCACAAUCUGAGUGGUGUUAGCUGCUCUUUGAUAUAGUGAUAGAGAAAAAAGUGUUCUGCUUGAGGAGGUAGAUGUUAAAAUACUCUUCUUUAAAUAUAUAUAUAUAUAUUUUUGGAUGUUCGGGAAAUAUUUUGGCAAUUGUAGUCUUGUCUCAAAUUAGGUGUCAAGAAUCACAGGGAGAAAAAUGUUAUUUUCUUCAGCAUUUUGAUUUUUCUUGGGGGGUUUUGUGUUAAGGGGUCUCGCGUUGAAAAGGCCUUUUUGGGGGGAAAAAAAAAAGAGAGAAAAAAAGUUGUUCCUUUGAAAUUUAUACGAGAGGCUAAGAAGGCAAAAGAAUUGCUGCUUCACUUUCACCCCAUUGCUGCUCAUUAAUGUGGAUUUAAUUAAUUUAAUUGUUUUGUCCCAGAGCAUUCAACUUGAUCUCUCCAAAAUCUUUUCCUCCACUGUGAGCUGCAUCACAUCCCAAGUUUUAUUCUAACAGCACUUCCCAGAUUUUUCCUUCUCUCCACAAUUAAGGAAAAAAGCUGCAAACCUGCCAAGAAUAAAUGUUUUAUUUUCACAAUUUUCUAUGCAUGGCUUGGGAAAAGACAAGAAUUAAAUUGGCAUUAUACUCAAAUCAGCAGAGCUUUGUUUGUUUAUGCAAAAUGAGGAUCCAGACCGUGAUAAUUUCAGUAAAAAUUGGUAUUUCCCUUUUCACUCCGACCGAGCAGUUUCAGACAGAAGUUGGCUGAGGCCAGGAGCUCCUGCUGUGAUUAAAUUCUAGUGAAUUUAAUGAGAGUGGUAAUUUUUAUCCCCAAAUAAUGGCUCUGGUUUGCGGUUUGGGUUCGUUUCUUUAAAAAGAGGCCCGGAGGAAAUGAUGUUGAAAUCACAAAUUGGAGUGAUGGGGGAGCAGACGUGCUUGGGACGGGGAUCAAUGAACAAAAUUAAUGUCAUUAACAGUGGUUGGGAUCGGCUGCAAAGGCUCUAAAUCGCUUCUUGCUGCUCCCCACUUCCUCAAAUUCGUUCCCCAGGGAAUCUUCAUACCCACAACAGAAAAUACUCAGCCACUUCCUUUAUUCUUUCCCAUUAAAAUGUAUUUUCUGAACUUUCUCUCCACGACAUCUCUUCAGACUUGAUGUUAUCAACAGCUCUUUUUUUGUUUGUUUGUUUGUUUCAUUUUCAACCUGUUGUAACAUUCUGUUUAUUAUGGUUUUUGUUUUUUGUUUAGUGUGAGCAGAUUGUAUUUAUUUGAGGGGAAAAAAAAAAAACUUUUUGCUGUUUAAAAAAAAAAAAAAAAACAACCAAUAAUUGU